ACAAAUCUGAGAUCUUACUCCAUAGGUUAAUCAGGAAAGUAUGUGAAUUAACUUUUGGUCGGUACGCUUCUUAAACAAAAACAACCAAAUUGAAAAUAAAAUGAGUGAAAUUUAAAUUUAACUAGCCCGCCGGUUUUUGCGUGUGGAACCGUGACGUCAACGAACAUCGGGUUGCUCGUCAGAGUGGCACGAAUCACCUCUCGAGACAAUCUUGGGCUGGGGAAGGUGGCGAGUAUCUCAACUGAGCAACUUUGAGCGGACAGGAAGUGACUGCUUUUCGGCGUCAAGCCUUGACAGGUGGACGGCUUGUUCUUCAGCCACACACGCUGACCUGACUGAAGUUGACCGGGAUUUACGCACCACUACAAACCAACCACCCAGUCAUGACCACCGGGAUGUGUUUGCCUUGAGCUCGACUGUGGAGGCCAUGUCAGACAACGUGUAAUCUAGCCCAGCGGACAGCAGGAGGCGCCAUGGCGGAGCUGCCCAUCGCUCCGGGCCAGGUCUACAUUGAGGUGGAGUACGACUACGAAUACAAGUCCAAAGACCGACUGAUCACCAUCCACCAGGGAGAAUGCUACAUGCUGGUUCAGAAGACCAACGACGACUGGUGGAAGGUGCGCAGGGAGGAGGGCAGCAAAGGCUUUUACGUGCCUGCUCAGUACGUCAAGGAGGUGCGCAAAGCCCUCAUGCCGCCCCCCAAGCCUUUAGCGCACCAUCCCGUUAGCGCCGGGAACACACCGCCUCAUCACCCCGUUCCCGCUGGAGGCAUCCCACCUCAUCAGCCCGUUUCUGCUGGCAACACCCCACCUCAGAACACUGGUGCUGUCUGGGUAAAACCGGCCAAUCUGGAUCUGGACUCAUCCAUGGGGAACCCAGACAGACCGGAGUCCAACCCUGUGCGUUCGCCCUCCGUUCAUUCCUCCUCGUCCAUGCAUUUGACACCACCCAUCCAACGGCGGGACAGUAACCAGCGCCAGCAUAUCCUCGGCACCCCCACGGGACCCGAGCGAUCUUUAUCCGAAAUCCUGGCCCAGAGCACCGUACCCGGGCCUUCCCACCAACUAAGCAGCACGCUGCCACGCACCCGUACUCGAUCGCCGGAGUUGGUCCGGGCUCCUCUGGAUUUGGACAGCCCUAUGCACUCGGGUGGCGAGGAACGGCGGACCAACGACUCUGAGUCAGGAGAUGAGAUGAGCAGCAGUUCUACCGAACUUCUCCAGAACUUGUCGUCGGCGGUUCGCGGCCGGCCCCACUCGCCCGUGUACAGCAACCUAGAGGAGCUGAAAAUCACACAGUUGGCGGCGCCCCCUCUCCCGGCCGGCGCCCCUCACCAGGUGCUGGGCGAAUGGGAGUCAUACAAAGACCCGCACGGCCGCCUCUUUUACUACAACCGCAGCAGUCAUGAAAGGACCUGGAAGCCUCCCCGAGCCCGGGAUGCGAGCGGAUCGCGCGGCGACAACAGCACGGGAGAAAGCAACGAGAGCACUCCCCUGUCGCUCUCACCAUCUUUCUUCCCCUUCCUGUCGCUGCCGGCGGGCCGCCUGGGGCCCCUGUGCUCGGAGGACGCGUGCUUCAGCGCUUACUCCAGCUUGUCCGACAGCCAGUACGGCUCGCCGCCUCGCGGGUGGUCGGAAGGGAUGGACGAGUACGGCCACACGCUCUAUGUCAGUGACUAUACUAAUGAGAAGUGGUUAAAACACAUGGACGAGCAGGGUCGGCCAUAUUACUACAGCGCCGACGGCUCCAGGUCCGAAUGGGAGCUGCCGAAGUACAACCAUUCCCCACCACAGCACCUCGCAGACCCCACCAAGACUCGCAGUCUGGACAGGAAACAGGUGGAGCCCAUCGUCCUGACCAAGUGGAGACACAGCGCUUUUGUCCAAGAACCCAACGACAAGCGGACGCUGAAACUCAGACCGUCCCGGACAGGCUCUUCCCGCCCGCAUCCGUACAAGCAGCAAGACGCACUUCUGAGUCCCAAGUCCCCCACAACUGACUCUGACUGCGGCCCCUUUUCUCCUAGGCGCCCUGCCUCUCCCUCAGAGAAGUGCGGCGUGCUCAAUGUGACAAAGAUCACAGAGAACGGCAAGAAAGUUCGGAAGAAUUGGACUUCCUCCUGGACGGUUUUGCAAGGCUCCACGUUACUCUUUGCCAAAGGCCAGGGAGGCGGGACCAGUUGGUUUGGCGGCGGUCAGUCCAAACCCGAGUUCACGGUGGACCUGAAGGGUGGCUCGGUGGAUUGGGCCUCAAAAGACAAAUCCAGCAAGAAACACGUAAUCGAGCUGAAGACCCGGCAGGGCACAGAACUCCUGAUCCAGUCGGAAAACGACGUCCUUGUCAACGAGUGGUACCGAACGCUAAGGGACACCGUCAGCAGUUCGGCUUGUGAGUCUGAUGAAGCCAUUGAAGAGGACAUGCCCGAGUCACCCGGAGCAGAGAAGCAAGACAAGGAGAAAGAACGCAGAGACUCCAAGAAAGGCAGAGCCGUAAAGACGGCAAGCAGCAUGGACGGGACCGAUGAUAAGAAGACCAAACACAAGCUGAAAAAGUUUCUGACACGUCGGCCCACCAUGCAGGCAGUGAGAGACAAAGGCUACAUCAAAGAUCAGGUGUUUGGAUGCAGCCUGUCCAGCCUGUGCCAGAGGGAGAACAGCACGGUGCCCUCCUUUGUCAAGAUGUGCAUGGAGCACGUGGAAAGCAACGGUCUGCACAUCGACGGCCUCUACAGAGUCAGCGGGAACUUGGCCCUCAUCCAGAAACUGCGCUUUGCCGUCAAUCACGAUGAGAAGGUGAGCCUGUCCGACGGCAAGUGGGAGGACAUCCAUGUGACCACCGGAGCCCUGAAGAUGUUCUUCAGGGAGCUUCCGGAGCCGCUCUUCACCUACACGCUCUUCCACGACUUUGUCAGUGCCAUCAAGAUUCCAGACUACAAGCAGCGGGUCCACGCCAUGAAAGAACUUGUCCGGCAGCUACCCGAGCCCAACCACGACACCAUGCAGGCCCUCUUCAAACACCUCCGCAAGGUGAUUGAGUACGGCGAAGAGAACCGCAUGACCAACCAGAGUGUGGCCAUCGUGUUCGGCCCAACGUUGCUGAAGCCUGAGAUGGAGACGUGGAACAUGGCAGUCCACAUGGUCUACCAGAACCAGAUUGUGGAGCUCAUCCUGCUGGAAUACGACAACUUAUUCGGCAGGUAGAGGACAACAGGUCGCGCUGGCGAUCUGACGAGACCAAAAACAUUCUUUGCACUUUGGACUAGCUUUGGGUUACUUUUCCUGACACUGGAUUCUAACUUAAAGGACCAAAAAAAAAAAAAAAAACACCCCACCAACAACAACACAAAAAAAACCCCACAAACCUGCUGAGACCAAGAGAAAUGCUCGUUGUGGAUCCAAGAUGAACUUUUAAUGGAACAAAAAGGAACACAUCUUAUUUACUGAAACUCUUCCACCUCAUGGAGUUGCCACCAAAUUAAACACAUAUGAAGCCAAUUAAAAUAGAAAAUCCAUUAAGACCUGCAUUAAUUCAUUUUUUUCAAUUGAUAAAUAUGUUUUUUCACGACCACCUUAUUUUAUGGCAUUACACAUUUCAAUUUUUAGGUAUUUAAGGAGAUUUAUGCAUCCUAUCAGGACUUUCAUGAUAAAAUUGAUUGUUUAAAUUUAAGUACGAAAGCAUCAUGAAAAUAUUCAAAUGAUGACAUUAUGCAAUUUAAAAUGCUAUUUCAAUAAAUGUCAUUCGAUGGUGAUUAAAAAAUCUGUAGGUAAUUAGAAAUUGUAGUAGCUAAUGCAAUUAAAUAAAAAGAUGAAAUAAAUUGAUAAAUAUAGCCGUAAAUAUAGAUUAAAAAAAAGAAAAUAGAUAAAUACAAUUGCCAUAAAAUUAUGUCAUUGAAUUUAAAAAAAAGGUUAAAUAAUUUUAAAAUUCAUUUAACUACAUUUAGAUGUCAUAAACAAGUCCUGAAAAUGAAAAUGUAUUGGGUCACUAGAAAUUCCAGUAGCCAUGUAGGAAAAACGGUCAUGAAAUAUGUACUUGGGAAAAAAUGUUACAAUGUCAUAAUACGAUUGAUUCUUUCACAUUUUCAAUAGAUAAAUGCAUCAUGUUUCAUUUAAUUGGCUUUGUAUGUGUAUGAUUAAAAAACACUCCAUCCAUCAUCUCUUUAUUUUAGGUUUCCUUUUUUUGUUUUUUUUUUAAUCCAUUAACAAUAGCGUUUGAAUUGCUAUCAUUGGAACACUUCCAUUGGUUUCCCUGAAUUCUUUGUUCAGCUUUUGUGCGGGUGUGAGGGAGAUUAGAAAGUUGUAUUGUACACAGAAUUUAAAUAUAACAAUAAGAAAAAGAACGCCUGAAGUGUUUAAAAAAAAAUCACGCCAGAAAACAAAACACUUGUUGUGAUCAUUGAGCUCGGCCGUUAACGUUUUAGCUGUC